AUGUUGAGUCGUCAAAAAACAACUACAACAACGGCAGCAACAACGAGGUUACACAGUAACAACAAGCGGACAGACAUAUCAGCACAUUGGAAUUUUACCGGACACGCAUCGGUAGCCAAAAACGCUGCGGUGGCUGCAGAGGUGACAACAACAUUUGAGCAAACAACAAAAACGAGAUCAAUUCGGGUGGAGACACGUGACACCAGCAUUUCGGUUGAAGCAAAGCAACCUUUUCACGAUCUAGUAGUAGGAGCGGUGGUGGAAGCAGCAACUGAAGCGGCAACAACAAUAACGACCAUAACCCAUUACGUCAAUACAUUCCAUUUCGGCGAUUGUAAAGUGAAACGAAAUCAAUUCCAGCGCUUUAAUCGGGAAACUUUUAGUUUCACCCUCACGCUUGUCAGUGCUGUGCUGCUCCUCUGCUGUCUUGCGUCAAAUAGUUUCGUAGCAACAGCCGCAUUGCUGGAGGUUUCCACUGCAAGUAACAAUGACGUGCCAGACGCUAUUGAUGUCGGUGAUAUCGGUGUCGUUAAUGGCUUAGCUAACCGUAAAGCGGGUGCAAACACCAACUUUAGCGUGGACCCCUGCGCUCUUAAGACACUACGUAAUGUUGACUGCCAUGCAACGCUUCCCCACGGCGAUGACUACAGUAUCAAUGGCAGUGCUUACCAUGUACAACAACUCAUUACAAAAACUACAGUCGCAAUUCAGCUCAUACCAUCUGCACCGCUUUUCGACACCACAACUACCGUCAAAUCUGUUGCCACCGCCAGUGAACACAGUAAAACCGUGGCGAGCGAUACCAUCGCUCCACUGCUCAUCGAUGGCGCCGGCACCACUGCCAAUGUGUCCGCCGUGCAGGAGAUUGUCGAAGUGCCACAGAUUCCCGCUUACAUACGCAACACAGCUAUGUGCUUUUGCAUAGCAAUCAUGAUGCUGGGUGUUAUUGGCAACAUUAUGGUGCCAAUUGUUAUUGUGAAAACCAAAGAUAUGCGCAACUCCACCAAUAUAUUUCUUACAAAUCUCAGCAUUGCCGAUCUAUUGGUGCUACUGGUGUGUACGCCAACCGUAUUGGUCGAGGUAAAUACGCCACCGGAGACCUGGGUGCUGGGCCAUGAAAUGUGCAAAGCAGUACCAUUUGUUGAGCUAACAGUCGCGCAUGCCAGCGUGCUGACAAUUUUGGCCAUCUCAUUCGAGCGCUACUAUGCCAUAUGUGAGCCGCUGAAAGCCGGUUAUGUGUGCACCAAGGCGCGUGCCAUACUUAUUUGCAUAUUGGCAUGGGUAAUUGCGGCCGUAUUUACCAGUCCCAUUAUUUGGGUUGCCGAGUACAAAUUCGUCGAGUACAUUGAUGGAUCAUCGGUGGCGGUCUGUUUGACACAAGCGACCUCCAAUUGGACAAUCGGGUACUUUUUGAUGACAAUAAUCGUUUUCUUCAUACUACCGCUACUGAUCCUUAUGGUAUUGUACGCCAUUAUAGCAAAGAAUCUAAUCUCCAGCAAUGGUCCAAUGUUGCGUGUAAGACCGUCGAAACCAGAGUUGAGCCUAAAGGCGCGCAAACAAGUCGUACUCAUGCUAGGCGCUGUCGUUUUAUCCUUCUUCCUAUGCCUGCUGCCAUUUCGCCUGCUCACUAUGUGGAUCAUACUCAGUUCGGAGCAAACCUUCUUCGAGAUUGGCGUCGAACGUUACUACAGUCUAUUAUAUUUUUGUCGUAUUAUGUUCUACCUGAACUCGGGCAUCAAUCCCAUCCUCUACAAUCUGAUGUCAACAAAGUUUCGUAAAGGAUUUUUGCGACUCAUUUUGAGCACGUGGCAGAGCGCUGUCUCGUCAAUAACCUGCGGUCACUAUAAACGCAUUCGUGCACGUACCGGCACCAUAACUGGUGUGGCGACUAACACCAACACGAACACUUCAAAUACGGCCACCAGUCAUGCGACCACCUCCAGUAUACUCUCACGUCAAUCUAAUCGCCGUUAUAGUGACGACACGGUCAACAUCAAUUCGAGUACGCGCACCGUUACAAAAACGCAAAUACAAAUACAAAUGCACAUACCGUGCGGUCCCGACAAUGAGAUGUUGGCGAUGUUGCAUAGCAGUGCAACCGCCAUGCUCGAGAACGAAGUCCAACGCAAUGGCAACGAUGUGGAUGCGAGCGGAAGGCGGAAGUCCAUAACGAAAUGUUAUAAUAUGCAGUCUGCAAUGCGUUCUCUCAGCGAGUCGGCGCCGACCGUCACGAGUAAACGUUCGGUGCAUGUCAGUUUCGAUGACGAAGAAGCUCAAGCUCAGGAGGAGGCUGUUACUCUGACACACCGCAACGUCACACAUCAAAUAUUUACCUUGAUCAUAAUUUUCUUACUUUUCGGUAGUCCGAUCGUAUUAAUUGCAACCUUCCGCAUGGAACGUUACUACGACAACACAGAGGUGGCUGUGUGCUUCACUUCAGCGGAAACAUUCUGGUCCGCAUUCUUUUUCAUCGCUUGCAUUGCAGUAUUCUUUUUGUUGCCCUUCAUCGUGUUGGUAUUGCUCUAUGUAGCAAUUGCGUACAAACUUUUACGACGAAACAUUGACUUUCAUCGACCUACCACAGCCGCCGCUCAUGUACGGUCCACCACUUGCCUGAGCUCGGUUAUCUUGCGCCAGCAAUCGUUGAACAAACUGCCGAUACAGAUGACACGCAGUGACACUGAUAAUAACCGUAGCGGCACAUUAAAUAUUGGCGCAAGCGCUCAACAGCUACGUACAGGUAUGCGGAAGCAUCGCAAGCAGGUGAUUUUCAUGUUAGUUGCGGUUGUCGCCAGUUUCUUUCUUUGUCUGUUACCAUUCCGUGCUUUCACCUUGUGGGUUAUCGCUGCAUCGACAGAGGAUAUCGCCGCACUUGGUAUUGACGGUUAUUAUGGUGUUUUGUACUUUUGUCGCAUAAUGCUCUAUUUGAAUUCGGCUCUGAAUCCGAUACUCUAUAAUCUUAUGUCAUCGAAAUUUCGUACUGGGUUUUGGCGUUUGAUUAUUUCCUGUUGCAACAAACAUAGAAAACAUCCGAUCGGACGUAGCAAUAGAUGUACGACCGCGACGACAACAACCAGCCGACGUCAAACGGAGCCAAAACAACCGAGAACUUACGAACAACGUCGUUUAAAAUUCAAACGGGAGUCAACAUUUGCAGUGAGCUCGUCCAUUUCCACUUCUUCAGGCACGGAGCGUAGCACUAGCGUUACUAUAGUAGCACAUCGACCAGUUAUGGCACCGCGAUCGGAUGUGGGUGCGGCAAUAAUAGAUAUAACCAGAAGUACUGUAUCAAGUGCAUGCCCUUUGGAAAGUGAUGAAAAUGACAAAGAGGGAGAUCUACACAGUUGA